GUAUAGCGAGGAAAGAAGAGUUAAGUGGUAUAUCGCCAGGGGGUGUCAAGGGUCGAGUGACGGUCCUGGCGUUGCUCGAAGCUCGCAGUUGUAUUCAGGCAGUAGUCGUCUAGCAAGUCGGAGCGUUUUUUUCAAAGGAACACGUUGUAAAGCAAGAUACAAGAGAAGGAAGACGAUAUAUAAUAUAAUAGAUACAGAAAGAAGAUAGCGUGAAUCUCAACGUGUUUAUAAGCGUUAGAGAAUUACGAAGAGGUUACCAUCCGUCGAAAGAAAGAAAGAGAUAGAUAGAUAGAGAGAGAGAGAGAGAGAGAGAGAGAGCGAGAAAGAGAGAGAGAGAGACAAAACUUAUUCGAGCUGCAUAAAAAUUUGCGUUCCUCGUGGCGAAUAAAAACCCGAUAUAAAUUUUUCGCAGGAGAAGUUAUCUAGAAAGGAGUCACGGUGAUAGUAAGCAACAACGCCCUGAUCGGAUACGAGCGACGAGUGCUCGUCUAGAGUAUAUAAGAAAAAAAGAAGUUGAGAAAGAGGAGAACGACGACAUUCUUGCGACGGUUCGUGAUCGUUAAGGAAGAAAGAAGUACUAGCAUUCUACGAGACAUAACGACGAAGCUGGUAUACCCUUCGUUAGGGCAAUCCAUCUGUCUCGACGCUCAACGUCGCUGCGACUCAUAUUUUCACGCUAGAAGGCGGCCGUCCAGCAGGGCGAUACCAUUUUAUAUGACUUUUCUUCGACGACAAGAAACAUCCAGGAUAUCAUCCAGAGAGAAAGGAUCGGUGUACAGGAAAGGCGGCGGUAGUAGGACAUCGUCCAAACGGUUUACAAACGGCAGCACCAUCUCGUUCGUUCGGUGCAAUCCUUUGGUAGGAUCAAGCGGUGAAUCGAUCGCACCAACCUGGUUCCCAGGGAUUCUUAAAGGCACGAGAAACGGACAGGCAGCGUGUAUGAUCAUUGAAGAAUAUCCCCCUCUGCCCAUCAAACCGAGGCAAAAUCCGCAUCAAGAUACCACCCAUCGAUUUUUAAAUCAUCUGGUCCUGCCUAAACACAGGACCUCAAAAUUUUCCAGUAAUAGGCAUCGGAAGUUACAACCGUUCAGAGAAACGUGACUAUCGUCAGCGGGUAGAGCGGCAUACCUUACCGCGGACAACGAAAACCACCCUGACUCGACACGUUACGAGCUACCAUCGGGUAGCAAUUGCUUGGCAACGUCGCUACACAGCAAUCAAACUGCCGCUGGGAAACGUGAGAAGGAGGAGAUCUAGAAGAACAAGGACGAAGACGUUACCCACUUGAACUUGGAGAGAAGGGCUAAAAGAUUAAAGAUAAUCCAUCCGAGAGCGAUUCUAAAACGGGCCGUUCGAACGAUCAAGCUUCGUAGAUCAAGCUUUUAUCACGAUUCACCG